CGCGUCGCCUGCAGAUCCAAAAUGGAGUCGUUUUCCUCCAAACCGGGACCAACGAGAUUGUGGUCCUAGUUGGUACCUUGCAUGCCAAGUCAUGGCGUCCGUCAGUACGGGAAGCAGAGUGUCCUGCGGGAGAGAUUUGAAUUGCGUGCCAGAAGUUGACGAAACAUUAACUGCGGUCGCCAAACUCGGGUUUGACUUCGUAUGCAUGCCCCUCUUCCACCCGAGGUUCAGGAGGGAAUUUGAGUUGGAACCCGCUAAAUCUCGACCUGGUCCACAGACGCGGUCUGACCUGCUGCUGUGUGGAAGAGAUUGGAACACUCUGAUUGUUGGGAAGCAGUCCCCAUGGAUUGACACAGAUUGUGAAGUGGAGACAGUACGCAGAAGCUCAGAAGCUGCGCUGGCACAGGAAUUGCAUUUCGCAGCCUACUUGGGUCUGCCAGUCUUCAUGAUGUUUUUAAAUGGACCUCAUAAAGCAAAUCUUGCUCGUGUGCUGCUUAAUCAUAUCCAGUCUGGACACCACACCACAAAUUUCUGGAUUCGAGUUCCACUGAUGGCACCUGAAGACAUGCGGGAGGACCUGAUUGAGAAUGAGCCGGUCACGUGUAUUGAUGAGACGACUAUAGAUGAGAAGACCUGGAACUGGUGGCACUCAUUAAGGACACUUUGUGAUUACAACAAGAGGAUUUUUCUUGCCAUUGAAGUGGGAGCAGACAUGCCUUCAGAAACUGUGAUUGAUAAGUGGCUUGGGGAACCAAUCAAAGCAGCCAUACUUCCCACCAGCAUCUUCCUAACCAACAAGAAGGGAUUUCCUGUUUUAUCCAAAGCACACCAGAGAAUAAUUGUCCGACUUUUCAAGUUGGAGGCACAAUUCAUCUUUACUGGUACAAGUCGUCACACUGACAAGGACUUUCGCUCAUACCUGCAGUACCUGGAAUACCUCAGUCAGAACCGCCCAGCUCCCAAUUCCUAUGAGCUCUUUGCUAAAGGUUAUGAAGACUACCUCCAGUCUCCCCUACAGCCUCUCAUGGAUAACCUGGAGUCACAGACUUAUGAAGUUUUUGAGAAGGAUCCUAUUAAAUAUUCACAAUACCAACAGGCUGUGUAUAAAUGCCUUCUCGAUCGAGUCCCGGAGGAUCAGAAAGACACCAACGUUCAAGUGUUGAUGGUGUUGGGGGCAGGCAGGGGUCCCCUGGUCAAUGCAUCUCUGCGUGCUGCCAAGCAAGCCGGGCGCAAGUUGAAAGUUUAUGCUGUUGAAAAGAAUCCCAACGCUGUCAUCACGUUGGAAAACUGGCGCUUUGAGGAGUGGGGAGAUCAGGUGACUGUGGUGUCAUCUGACAUGAGAGACUGGACCUCGCCUGAGAAGGCUGACAUCAUUGUCAGCGAACUGCUUGGAUCGUUUGGCGAUAAUGAACUUUCCCCGGAGUGCUUGGAUGGAGCGCAGCACUUUCUCAAAGAUGAUGGCGUGAGCAUUCCCUGCUCCUACACCUCCUUCCUUGCACCGCUGUCCUCCUCCAAGCUGUAUAACGAAGUCCGAGGCUGCAGGGAACGCGACAAGGAUCCCGAGUCCCACUUCGAAAUGCCAUAUGUAGUACGUCUCCACAACUUCCACCAGCUGGCUGAGCCCAAAGCAUGCUUCACCUUCACACACCCCACAAAAGAUAUGAACAAUAACCGUUACCAGUGCCUCAAAUUCUCAGUGGGUUGUAACUCGGUCCUCCAUGGCUUUGCUGGGUACUUUGAGACCACGCUCUACAAAGAUGUUACACUCAGUAAGUAUGCUUUAAAAAGUAAAGUAUCGUCAAGUCCUAAUACAAACCUUUGUCUGUGCUUAAUAGGCAUAAAACCUGAUACACAUUCGCCCGGAAUGUUUUCGUGGUUCCCCAUUCUCUUCCCCCUCAAACAACCCAUCUCUAUUUCACGUGACGAUGAUGUCACAGUGCGAUUCUGGCGCUGCAACAACGGAAAGAAAGUGUGGUACGAAUGGGCCGUGACAGAGCCGGCGUGCUCUGCAAUUCACAACCCGGCUGGACGCUCCUAUACAAUCGGACUGUAAACAUGACCACAAUGUUGUCCCUCACGUUCCUACUACGUAUUUUCUUUUUGUAACAGUUGUGGCGAUGUGUGUGCCUCAUUGUCAGCUAUACUAGGUCAGAUUAUCCUAACACAAUGUUGAAAAAAACACAUUCGGUGUCCUUGUUUUGUGUGUUUUUUUUUGUAUACAGCAAAGAAUCACCACAAACAUUAAAUCUAGCACAAACUAUGCCUUAUUGAAGAAAUUCCAUUAAAAUAAACACCUGUCUGUUCAAUUGACGAAUAUAGGGACUCCUGUGGCACUGAGAUUACAUGCUAAAAUAGCCCAUUGUUUUGUAUUUGUAUGUUUAAAUCAUGUCAAUAAAGACGCUGUUAUGUUGUA